AUGGCGGCAGCAGAAGCGAGGGCUCUGUGGCAGAGAACUGCUAAUCGGUGCUUUGUGCAAGAAGAUGCAAAAAGAGCUCCUAAGUUGGCUUGUCGUCAAUCUUCAAGUGCGACUUCAAAGCUGGUUGAUGCUGGAGUUACGAAUACAGCAGACGAAUCAGAUUGCGCAGCUGUUAAAUCCGCCCAUUUUAGCAGCAAAUCAUCGUUCUGUAAUCCGCCACCUGAUCCUAGGUGGUGGUUGCAUUCGCAAUCACAACCUAGUUAUGGGUAUCAAAAAGGUUUAACAAAUGAAAAGUUAAGUGCAUUGGAGAAAGAGGUAGAAACCUUGAUAGCUAGCGAUGAAAGUAAGGGAUCUAGUAAAAGUUCUUUAGCAUUUCUUGAAUUAAAGGAUGUGAUGGAAAAGCACGAGAAAAUCGAGAACGACUCAAUUGCUUGUUCGUUGGCCUCCAAGAAAACGAAGGAUUUUUCCUCGGAACCUGACUAUUCUUGGAUUGAAGGUGAUAAAGCCGAACCGUGGUGGCGAAUGGCAGAUAGAGACGAGUUAGCUUCCUUUGUUUCACACAAAUCAUCCAACCAUAUUGAGAAUUGUGAUCUUCCUCCUCCUAAGAAGAAGCAUCUUACUGGAUACUCUUGUUCUAGGAUUAUUACUAAUAAUGACAAAACAAAGACAGCGUCUUAUAACUUGGACGCCGAAUCCGGAAGGUUUUCCAAUUCGAAGCAGGGUCCUUCUGCCAAUGAAGGACUCUUGUAUUUCGCUUCUGCCAAAUCUUCGAGUGAUACCCCUAUACUCGACGAUGUCAAGCAAAAUAUACAAAUUUCUGAGGGAGACGCUAGCAAAGCUCAAUUAAUGGAGGCAUUAUGUCACUCUCAAACACGUGCACGGGAAGCGGAGGAAGCAGCGAAACAAGCUUACGCGGAGAAAGAGCACAUUGUUACACUCAUUUUUAAACAGGCUUCACAGCUUUUUGCCUAUAAGCAAUUGAUUAAGCUGCUGCAGCUGGAAACUCUCUGCAAUCAGAUCAAGAAUAAUGAUCAGUCAACCUCAACUCUCUUUCCGGUUGCUCUUCCGUGGAUGUCGGAUGAACGUAGGAAAUCACGGAAGAGAAAGCAGACAUAUUCCAGUAGCAGACGCGACAGAAAAGGCAAGGGGAAUUGUGAUAUUACAACGUAUGCGGUUGCGAUUGCUUUAGGAUUAAGUCUUGUUGGAGCGGGAUUGCUAUUAGGAUGGACUGUUGGUUGGAUGUCACCAUGUUCAUAG